CACCUCCCCGCCUCCUGCCUGGGUCUAGCUGGCGGCGAGGCCGGUGCUCCGGGAUCUGCGAUGGAACUUCACAUCCUAGAGCACCGGGUGCGAGUACUGAGCCUCGCCCGCCCGGGCCUCUGGCUCUACACCCACCCACUCAUCAAGCUGCUCUUCCUGCCCCGUCGCAGCCGGUGCAAGUUCUUCAGCCUGACGGAAACCCCAGAAGAUUACACACUCAUGGUGGAUGAGGAGGGCUUUAAAGAGCUACCCCCAUCCGAGUUCCUGCAAGUGGCCGAGGCUACCUGGCUGGUGAUGAACGUAUCGCACAGUGGUGCUGGGGUGCAGGCUGCUGGAGUUACCAAGAUUGCCCGGUCUGUCAUUGCUCCCCUGGCCGAACACCAUGUGUCUGUGCUAAUGCUCUCCACAUACCAGACAGACUUCAUCCUGGUACGGGAGCAGGACCUGUCAGUGGUCAUCCACACACUAGCCCAGGAGUUUCAAAUCUACCGUGAAGUAGGCGGAGAGUCCGUGCCUGUUGCCAGCGAUGAUUCCAGCAAUGGCUUUUCCCGAGACCAGCACGGGCCCAGUCCCACGGUGCAUCCCAUUCAGAGUCCGCAGAACCGCUUUUGUGUCCUCACACUGGACCCUGAGACAUUGCCGGCUAUUGCCACCAUCCUCAUCGAUGUCCUCUUCUACUCACACAGUGUCCCCAAGGAGGCGGCCUCAGGCUGUCCUGAGUCAAGUUCCAUCCCAUUCUUCGCUUUCUCCCUCAUCGAGGGUUACAUCUCCAUUGUCAUGGAUGCAGAGACCCAGAAAAAGUUCCCCAGUGACCUCCUGCUGACCAGUUCUUCUGGGGAGCUAUGGAGGAUGGUGCGCAUCGGGGGACAGCCCCUGGGCUUUGAUGAGUGUGGGAUUGUGGCCCAGAUCGCAGGUCCCCUGGCGGCCGCUGACAUCUCUGCUUAUUACAUAAGUACCUUCAACUUCGAUCACGCCCUGGUUCCUGAAGAUGAGAUCGGCAGUGUCAUUGAUAUACUCCAGCGACGACAAGAAGGGUUGGCUUCCAGAGAUCCAUAGGGGACGCCAGACUCCCAGCAUUCCCUCACCACCCUGGGCUUUCAGAGACUUUUUGGAGCUGUUUCCUGAAGCUUCAGAGUGAGCCCCUGAUCCUGCAAAGAGACCCUGGUUCUGCU